AUGCAAGUUACUCGAUUCCUUCUGUUCAGUCUCCUCAUAGCAGCAUCGUCACCCACGAGCAGCAGCAAGAGCCCCCAUAGCAACCCCCAGAAGAAGAAGCCAACGAGAAAAAACGAUAAUAAUGCUAGCCAGGCGACCACCCACGCGGUCACCCCCGUGGAGGAAAGCAACCAUAGUAAAAACGACCAACGAGGUGAGAACAAAAAAGAAGGAGAAAAAUUAAAAAGAGGGACCCAUGGGGGAGAUGAAAAAGGGGAAGACCCCUUAGUCCAAUCGGGCAAGUUAGACGAUGGUACGGAGGGGCCCCCCCGUGAGGGAACUAACAAAGUAAACAGUCACAACAAUAACAAUAACAACAAUCGCAACAGUCGGAACAGAAGAGAUGAAGGUCGAAGCGAAAACAAGGGGGAGAGCAGUUCGGAUGAAGGAAGCGUCUUCGGAGGCUUGCCAAAUAUCAUAAACGGAGACAACUCUGGGGAAUACAUUAAUGUAGAGAAGCUGCCCCUCUAUGCGGCAGAAGGCAACCCUAACGAUGGAACGUCAUAUGAGGAGAAACUGGCUAGCCAAUUUGUGAACAGUCUGAAGAACAGCGAAAUGAACCACACAGUUGGGGGUAGCGUACCCAUUGAAAGGAAGGACGAAGCGAAGGAGUGUAGAUACAGCGAUGCACUGUUUGUUCCAGUGGUGAAGAAGGAAAUGGUACUUGAUAGAUCCUUGGAGGAGGAAAACAACGUUGGGGAAAGUACCCCCGUGGAUGAAGAACAGUCGCCAUCUGGGGAUGACCCACAAAAAGGGGAGGAGGCGGAUGCGGAGGCCGAAGGUGAGGGCACACGCGACUUUUUAAACUUUGAGAAGGAAUUCAUGAAAAGGGAAGAAGAGGCGGAGGAACCUGUUGGGGAGAGGGAAGCCAACGUGCCAAUCCGGAACGGAGGCGGUGCGAAGGGAAAGGCGGGAGAUGGCACCGCGGGGAGGAUGAAAGGGAAGAAAAAGGGUCCAAGGAAUAAGGAGCAGAAUAAGAAGAGGAAAACAGUAGCCCCUGUUGGGGAGGGUGAUCAUGGUUACCCAAUGGGGAGUGCCCCUAUGGAGGAGGACGUGCUGCUAAUAAACAAGCCAGAAUCGAUAAGGUACUUCUUCGAGGUGCUGACGGAAGUGUGUGCCAUUAUUAAGCUGGGGGUUAUUUACCGGUUCACCCACGUUGUGAUUCCAAUAAAAGAUGUGAUCGUGUCGAAGACGCUGCGUCAGAUUGAAGUGGUCCUAAUGACCAUGUUAUCUGUGCACAGAUUGGGCAGCAACAAGUACAGAAACACAUACGGGUUCAGCAUCAUCGCACUUCUGCUCUACCUGUUAGUCUACCUCAUCAACAGGUACCUAUAUAAGGGAGAAAAAAAAAGGAGAGAAGAGAAUUCCGCGACUAAGGCAGAUGAUAUAUAUAUAGUGAACCUUUUAAGAAGGAUCCUAUACUUUGUGGAGACAAAAAGGACAAUAACCAGUUCGGAAGAGGGGGUUCUGCAGGACGUCCUCUACAACACAGAGACCUUACUAGCCACAAGCAACAUAACAAACAAGGAGAACAAACAGAUCUACACAGACAUGAUAUCCAGCAUAAACAACCUUGGUAUAUUUACAUACGUUUCAACGCAGGCUUUAAAAAGCAUAAACCAGAAAUCUGAUUUGCUGAUAAGUGGGUUCACUGGAGGGAAGUCACUCAGAGGGGGAGAGGAGGAGGGCAUGCUAGAUGUCGACAUGGAUCUUGACAUGGACCUAGAUGUGAAUGCCCUGGAUGGUAGCGCGUUUGGUGGAAGUGCAUUGGGUGGUAGUGCAUUGGGUGGUAGUGCAUUGGGUGGCAGUGCAUUGGGUGGCAGUGCAGUUGGAGUUAGUUUAGGAGGAGACAUGGCAGCCGGGUUAAGAAAAAGGGCCUUUCCCAACGUUAUGGGGAUGGGUCUACCAAACGGUAUAGGAGGUGCCUUACAAAAUGGUAUGGAGGCUUUGCUUCCACCCGCAGUAGGGGGGCACAUGGUGGGUGAUAUGUAUGACGUAAACAAUCUGCAAAAUAACUUUGGCGAAGACUCCCUAUAUGCAGAGAACAGCGUGAGGAACAAAAUACCUUACAACAUGUUCCAGCAACACAAUGAUGCAUUCGACGAGGGAGACCUCCUUGGUUACAAGAAGGGCACCGCCAACUACGACUUCGCUAGUGACGGUCAUAGUGCAACCAGUGGAGGUAACUUCCGAUACAAGGGAGUAGAUAGUCCGGUGGACGGCGUGAUGAACUGUGGGGUGAGCGGGGCCCAUUUCUCCCCAUUCGGCCCCCCCCAGGAGUACCCAAAACAGGGGGGGAAUUCUCUUAAAGAAGACAUGAACAGCAGAAGCAGCUUUUCCCAUGUGUCCAAACCGUCCAGUCAAAUGAACGGAAACGAGGUUACUAAUGAGGAUGGUGGGAAGACCAGUCAGCAGGGAAGACACCCAAAAACCACCCCCCCGAAGAAAAAGGACGACUUGGCGAACCCGCAGGCGGCCUUCUUUGAUGACCCCCCAAGUGGGGCGGCCUCCCCGCCGAAGAAGGACUCCCUCCAGAGUUACGCACCACCCCCCCCCUCGUACGUGCCACCAACCCAUGAAGUACUGGAAGGCACGUCCAACCGGAACCAAAAGUACCUAACACAGAGAAAGGAGAGGCAAAAAAUCGUUGCAACGAAGUCCCCGUUUAAUUAA